UUUUUUUUUUUUUAAAGUGACCAGAAUUGGGAUAUUGCAGUAAUGGGACAUGCUUACAGAUGCAUUUAGGUAUUCUGAACUGGGGUGAAAUGGGGAAAGGAUAAGUACUGUUUGUAUUUAUGCCAUUCAAAACAUUUUAUGUAAGAAAACGGUUGAAAAACUCAGCACCUGAGUAACUUGCAAUACCCAUUUCCUGAUAGUGUAAUGGUAAUAUUAUGCAUGCAUGGUUUUGCUGAUGCAUCAGAUCUUUUUUUUUUUGCCAAACUAGAGUAACUUUUGUGGAACUAGAGGAUCACAUUCUAUCAGUUGGCUUUUUUGUGGUAACAAGAAAUGAAUGAAUCAUUACUUAAUGAAGUUAAUCAGAUUAAGAUGUAAUCCAUAUACACAUAUAGCAGUGAGGCGUUGUGUCAUGAUCAAAUAACAAAAGCUCAGCAGCUGUUGUCUGUCACAAGUUCAAUAGACCUGAGUCACGUCAUUUAUUUAAUUCGCGGCUUCGUCGCGUGAUGUUGUACGAAGUGACCGCCUCGUUCUCAACCACAGGCGCACGCAUCUAUUUACAUCCUACAUUAACACGUCUUGAGACAGUUAAUAAUUUUACAUGCAAGUAUUUUUAUGCACUUUAGAGGGCGCUGUUGCAAUAAAUGUGGUAAAGGCGCGGUAGCCAUGGAAGUGAAAGUAAAAGUAAAAACAUAUUUUUUAUCGUGCGUUGUUAGAACGUGUAUGAGUAAGCAGCGUUUUCAUAAUUUCUUUUCAGUAGCCUACUUUACGUUUUUCGAGUAUUCGCAUAGUCACACAAAGUUUGUAGCCUACAGACUUUCGUAGACCUCAUGAUGAAAAUCAAGAUGAGAGUUUUCUGUUGGUUUCUGUCGUUGUUCUGCGCUAUCAGGACUGAAGGAUUUGCAGUUUGGGGUCCUGCUAUGCCCCUAGUUGUCCAGUUGGGGGCGUCUGUAACGUUGCCCUGCUCUGUGGAUACCCCACUACCUCUGCACGAGCUGGAGGUGCAGUGGAUGAGGGAGGAUUCUGCAACCCUGGUGCAUCUGUUCCAGGAAGGAGAGAGUAGGCCAGAAUCACAGAGCCCAGCUUACAGCGGCAGGGCCGAUUUUUUUUCUGAAGAAAUCUCCAAAGGAAACUUCUCUCUGCUGCUUAGGAGUGUAACUAGUGAAGACAAAGGACUGUACAAGUGCGUAGUUCAUACUGUUCACGAGUCCAAUGAAACAGAGGUGAAAAUAGAUAUUGAACGGCUGGUUGUGACAGGUGCAGACGUGCCAGUAUUUGCAUAUGCUGAUGAGGAUGUGAUUCUGAACUGCUCAGUGGACACCCAUGUUCCUCUCAAAGAGUUACAAGUAGAGUGGAUGAAGACAGAUGGGGAAAUCCUGGUGCUGCUGUUUUUUGAGGGGGAGAACAGACCAGAGUCACAGCAUGAGAGAUUCAGGGGGCGUGCUGUGUUCUUCACUGAGGAGAUUCCCAAAGGAAACUUCUCUCUGAAACUGAGGAAUGUAAAAACAGAAGAUAAAGGAGAAUUCAUGUGUAAAGUCCAUACAGACAGAGAAUCAGUCAUCGCAACGGUAUGGCUACGAGAACUUGGGUUUUCCUCCUUACAUAUGUGGGUCCUGGUUUUAACCAUCGCUGCUGCAGUUUUUGCAGUUUUAAGCUGCAUUCCUGCUCUUCGGUGUAUAAUCGAGAAAGGUCAUUAUAUGUCAUAUAGCUUCAGAAAAGAUAAAAGCAACAGGGCAAUGUUGCUAUAUUGCCUUCAAGUCUCAGUUCCAUGUAUCCUGAUAUCCAUCGCAUUCGCCAUAUGGGGUUAUAUUGAAGGCUCUGUCGGAGAGGCUUUUGUUGGCAGUGCUAUAAAUUUCAUGAGGAUCCAAAUUUUAUUUUGGGUGAUUCCACCUAAAUACAUAUGGGAGGGUACACAUUGGGAAAUAUUCACAUACAUGGCUCUGCCUUUGGAGAAUUUGGUCAUUACAACAGGGGUCAAUUCUGUUGUUCUCCAGACAUUUUUUAUACACCGUGCCCCAGAUUCAGGAGCAAAAGCAUUAACUGGAAUUCUUUUUGGAAUUGUGUUAUUUUUAUCGUUUAGUUCAUUGGCAGUUCAUUCAGUGUCAAAGGGUCGAUAUAAAAUUGUCAAACCUUUACCAUUUUGGCGGAAAUAACAUUUCUGAUUUUCACACAUGAUUUGGGUUAUUCCUCAUCCGGUAAGUUGCCAUUAAAAAGAAUUCAUAUUAAGUGUAUAUCAAAUGUUUUAAGUAUAUAAUAACACCAUUAU